AUUGCGUUCCGAUCCGGAUCUACACUCUCGGGUCGCCUGGCGCCACCUGAGAUCUCCCGCGCCGGUAGGGGCGGGUCACCUGUCAGUCCGCGCCUGGCCCUGCUGGUCGGAUUUUAGGUAGACCUGAAGCCCUUCUUUGCCCCUAGAUGUUUUGAAGGCCGCAGUCGCGACACGGACCCCCUGAAUCAGGAGAUGCACUUGAGUCUGACUCCUAUUAAAUCUACCUAAAAACAAGAUCUUGGUGAAUAAAAUAAACAGACAUAAUUCAUCUCAAAAAAGAUUAUUUGUACCCUGGCAUUUGAAAUGCUUUUCAUUUAGAAUAGUAAAUAAUGGAAAAAGAAAAAGUAAAUGAUGAUGGAAAACCAGACCCAGAGAAUUCCCUAGACUUUUCUGAACACUUUAACCAACUUGAAUUGCUGGAAACACAUGGACACCUUAUUCCCACUGGUACUCAAAGUCUCUGGGUAGGCAAUUCUGAUGAAGACGAGGAGCAAGAUGAGAAAAAUGAAGAGUGGUAUCAAUUGCAAGAAAAAAAAAUGGAAAAAGAUCCAAGCAAAUUGCUUCUAUGGGCUGCUGAAAAAAAUCGGCUGACUACUGUACGGAGACUGCUUUCUGAAAAGGCCGCUCAGGUGAACACCCGGGAUGAGGACGAGUACACUCCUCUCCAUCGGGCCGCCUACAGUGGACACCUAGACGUUGUUCGUGAGCUCAUUGCACACGGGGCAGAUGUCCACGCAGUGACUGUGGAUGGCUGGACACCCCUGCAUAGUGCUUGCAAGUGGAACAACACCAGAGUGGCUUCUUUCUUACUUCAGCAUGAUGCAGAUAUCAAUGCCCAAACAAAAGGCCUUUUGACCCCAUUGCAUCUUGCUGCUGGGAACAGAGACAGCAAAGAUACCCUAGAACUUCUCCUGAUGAAUCGUUAUAUUAAACCAGGUCUGAAAAACAGCUUGGAAGAAACUGCAUUGGAUAUCGCCAGAAGAGCCAGUAUUUAUCACUACCUCUUUGAAAUUGUAGAAGGCUGUACAAAUUCUUCACCUCAGCCUUAACCGUUCUAGUAAUUUUAUGAAAUUUCUAAGUACUAGUGCCUCCUUUGUGUGAGAUGUAAAUAUUCCCAUAAUAUACAGUUGACAUCGAAAUGUCUUACACAAAAAUUUCAUGGUACUCCUUGUAAUACUGUUCUAGGCAAAUUGCCUGCCCUUGAUGUCAAAGUGUAUUUGAAAAUUAUUUGGAUAUAUUGUUGAUGAUUUCUGUGAAGUUUGCGUUUUCUAUCAGAAAAAAUAUCAACUCAACCUAUACUUAAAAACUUGACACAGGUUGUGCAGAAACUAAAGUUAUUUUUGGUGCUGACCCAAGAGAAAUGUAUUUUUAAAUAUCCCAUAUCCUGAGUCUUUGUUGAGUAUUUAAUAUAGUGACAUGUAUUUUUAUAAGAGGACAUAACAGAAUUUACAUUAAAAGACUUAAAUAUACUCAUGCAGGUCAGCUGUCUUCUCUACAUACCAUCACCAGUCAUUUUUAUUUUAAACCACAAAAACUAACA